AUGGGUGAGGCUCCAGAAAUCCCAGCGCCCCCUCAGGGCGAUCCACACAGUCAAUUCCUCUGCCUUACUAUCUGCGGCUACCGUCGACCCGGUAUGAGCGAAGAGGACUACAGACAUCACAUGACACAAGUCUCAGCGCCGAUGACAAAAGGCCUGAUGGUGAAAUACGGCGUAAAGCGGUGGACCAUGAUCCACAACACAACCGAGACGCGCGCUCUGAUGGGUCAUCUAUUCGAUCACCAGAUGGCCAACCUGGCCGAGUUCGACUGCUUCAGCCAGGUUGUCUUCAAGAGCGUGGAUGAUUACAAACGCAUGAAGGAGGAUCCGUGGUACAAGCAGCAUCUGGUCGGGGACCACGAGAAGUUUGCCGACACCAAGAGGAGCAUGAUGACCAUCGGUUGGAUUACAGAGUUCAUCAGGGAUGCCGAGGUGGUGGAUGGGAUGAAGGACUGUUAG